AUGGUCGCAGUGCCGCCGGGCAACCUCCUGCAGAUGAUACAGUCAAUAUCUACUCAACUAGACAAUCUCCAGCAGAAUAUGGCUGCCAUGAGGGAGGACCAGACUAGGGACCGUGCUCAUCGACUUCGGAACGUUGUUGUGCAACUUCUUCUCUACACCUGCGGCGCGCAAAGCUUCAGAGAAACUAGCAGCACUUGGUACCAGAACAUGCUGGCAGAUCGGGUAUCACAGCUGCCGCAGCUUGCUCAGAAGCUUGGCCUGACAGCAGCUGAGCUGGCUGAACAGGCCAACACAGUAAUCACACGCCAGAACGGGCUCACCCACCCCGCCAGCUUGGCGGCCCUGGAGCAGGAAAUCGAGGAGGUACGCGGCCUUAUUACCAUCGAACUGGAGGGGAUAUGCCCACAGGAGUGCCGGCUUGUACGGUCGUAUGAGAUCUUCAAGUGUUUUUUUCCCGAGCGUUUCUGCUGA